CGACAUUUCUCUAUUAUAUUUUUGAUACCCGGGGUUCAUCCCAGAGAUUGACGAUGAACGCCGCCGAACUCCUUAACAACUCUCUUUCACCCGAUCAGGCCACUCGUGAUUCAGCUACUCAACAGCUCGAAGCCGCUGAAAAAGCAAACUUUCACGCAUACCUUCAUACUCUCGCCGCCGAACUCGCCAAAGAAGAUGCCCCUCUUCAAGUCAGGUCAGCUGCAGGUUUAGCUUUCAAGAAUGCUAUCCAAGCUAGGAAUGCCGUUAACCAACCCAUCCUCACCGAACGAUGGAUGGCCCUUCCCCUUUCUGCCACUGCUCCUCUCAAACAAUCCCUCCUCUCAACUCUUGGCUCUUCUGCUCGUCGUGCUGGCGCUGUCGCUGCUCAAUGCGUUGCUGCCAUUGCAGCCGUCGAUCUUCCAGAGGACAAAUGGCCAGAGUUGAUCGCUCUCCUCCUGGAAUUUGUCGGAAACCAAGAAAAUGUCAAUCUCCGAGUGGCCACUCUGCAAGCCGUAGGAUAUAUAUGCGAGGUCGUGCAACCUGAAGUUCUUUCCGCUCGAUCUAACGAGAUUUUGACGGCCGUCGUGCAAGGCGCCAGGAAAGAAGAAACCAGCACCGAUGUUCAAGCUGCCGCCAUCCAAGCAUUAUACAAUUCCCUCGACUUCAUACGAGAUAACUUUGAAAGAGAGGGCGAACGAAACUACAUCAUGCAAGUGGUCUGUGAGGCCACGCAAAAUUCAUCGGUCACGGUUCAAGUGGGUGCUUUCGAAUGUUUGGUGCGGAUUAUGAGCACGUAUUACGACAAGAUGGACUUUUACAUGGAGAGGGCCCUUUUCGGUCUGACCAUUAUGGGAAUGAGACAUCAAGAGGAAGCCGUGGCAUUGCAAGCCAUCGAAUUCUGGAGUACUGUCUGUGACACGGAGAUUGAUUUGGCCAUCGAAGCUCAAGAGGCGAGUGAUUCAUGUUGGUCAGGUAUUUUGGCUGAUGAAUAUGGUGAACAACCUGUCACUUUAUCGAAACACUUUGCAAAGAUGGCAAUGUCGGAAAUUCUCCCUGUUCUUUUAGACCUUCUCACUCAACAAGAGGAAGAUGCAGACGAGGACGACUGGACACGAUCGAUGGCUGCUGGUGCUUGUUUGGAGCUCAUGGCUCGGAAUGUCCAAGAUCCGAUUGUACAGCCCGUGGUUCCAUUCGUCGAGGCUGGCAUCCAAAGACCCGAGUGGCAAAAUCGGGAUGCGGCAGUCAUGGCUUUCGGAGCUAUUCUCGAUGGUCCUGAUCCUUCAACCCUGGCUGGUCUCGUUCGACAAGCUCUUCCCGGUUUGAUCGACAUGUUACGAAGUGAUCCUAGUGUUCAAGUGAAGGAUACAGUGGCAUGGACGCUGAGCAAAGUUACCGAAAUCAUGCUCCAAGUGAUCGACCCAGUCGCUCAACUUCAACCACUCGUCACAGCUCUCGUCUUUGGGCUCACUGUUUCUCCAAAAGUCGCCAACUCAUGUUGUUCCGCUCUGAGCAAUCUCGCCGCUCAGCUAGCACAACCUUCCGAUAUGGGCGAUGAAGCUUCCACUUCCAUGCUGUCUCCAUUUUAUUCUGGCGUCAUAACCAGUCUCAUGCCGCUCUCGGAAAAACCGACCAACGAAGCGAACAGUCGGACCGCGGCAUACCAAACCAUAGCCAACUGGAUCGCUGCUUCAGCUCUGGACACUCUCAGCGUCGUCGAAGCUGUAGUAGUCGCCAUGCUCACACGACAGGAGGCUUUGAUCGGUAUGCAAAAUCAACUCGUCGGAUCAGACGAUCGGAACAAUUGGAUCGACAUGCAAAUCGGGAUCAGUAUCGUUUUGCAGAGUGCCCUCAACAGGGCACCUCAAUUAAUCACCCCAUUCGCGGAUAGGAUCAUGACCAACCUUCUUCAACUCUUAACUUCAUCCGGUACGCACUCUGGAGUAUUGGAAGAUGUUUUCGCCAUGAUCGGGUCUAUAGCCGGAGCCCUCGAAGCUGGUUUCGUCAAAUACAUGCCCACCGUACAACCUUUCAUCAUCACAGCCCUCACCUCUUUACAGGAUUAUCAAGUUGUUCAAGCUGGUAUAUACGUAGCCGGUGAUAUAGCCAGAGCAAUGGGAAAUGAGACGAGACCGUUUGCAGAACCGUUAAUGGUCGCUCUUGUGGAUAUUCUUAGAAGUCCCACAGUUUUGAGAAGUGUCAAGCCAAGUGCGGUCACUGCUAUAGGUGACGUUGCUAUGGCAAUAGAAUUUGCGUUUUUGCCGUUUUUGGAAGGGACGUUGAGUAUCAUGGCUCAAGCUGGAUCAGUUACCGCCAGUCCGGACGAUACGGAGCUGUUGGAAUUCGUCUGGGCCAUGCGGGAAUCUAUCAUCGACUGCGCUAUCGGAAUUUUCAACGGUAUAAAGGGUAUGCAUUUGAACACUUUCAAAAAUCAUGUUGUUGAAAUGGUCAAUUUUUCCAAACAUUGUUAUUCCGAUCCCACAUGUACCGAAACUUUCCUUGCGUCCAUGUUAGGAUUGAUCGGUGAUCUCGCAAAGGAAUUUCCGGAGGCGAGGAAUGAGUUGAGAGAGGAAUGGGUUCAAAGGGCCAUUUCACAAGGAAGAGUGAGAGGAAGUUCGAAACGGACGAGAGCGAAUGCUGCGUAUGCGGCGAAGACCAUUAGAGAGCUUCAAAAAUAAACCCCUACAACCAUCCCACCCACUGUGAUCUGUCUGUACCAAUCCCCCGAUCCCCCGAUCCCCCGAUCCCAACUCCCUCACACUCUACCCUGCAUGGUCCAUCACCUCAUUCUAGUAUAUUUUUUGGGUCUUUGGCCGCGCUCUAUUGUCCAAGGACGAUAUCGCCGUCUUUUACCCUGUGACAUUUGCAUCGUACUAGAAAAGAAAAGAAAUUGCAUAUUGUUCUAGUCCAUACUCUCGUCAUAGGCUUCUGUAACGUUCCUUCAGAUUAUC